CAGCUUUGCUCUCUUAUCUUCAAUGUCGCUAAUUGGUCUCUUUUUUUCGGUUCCUCCGUGGUGCAGCGAUGGGUUCACGGCGCGCAGUUCGAAUGAAAUACAGUUUACAAACCGCAGGCGGACAGUGAGUGCAUGCGUUUAGUCCUGCACGGUAUUAGAAUUGAUCUUUACUGUUUCGGUCGAAAAAGGAUAUAUCGCAUGAUAAGAGGGGUUUAUAGCCCGCGCUAAAGAAAUAAGACUGCCUGGGGGGAACGACUGUACAUCGUCGUAGGCAGACGCCAAAAUCUUUAUUUGUAGUAAUUAUAAUUGCUUUGCGUUCAGAUACGAAAUAUUAUACCCUAUAAUUAAUUAUGUGACGCCACGUUCGGCAUCGGGUUGCAAUAUAGCCAGUUAAUUGCGAUUCGCUUAGAGGUUAGCAUGCCGGAAUGUGUAUAUAGCCAACACAACUGAGCGUUAAAUAGCAUAGCAUUAGGUUAUUUAAGAAAAAAGUCCAUUCUUGCAGGCAAAUAAAGCAAAGAGACUAAAAGCUUUUAAUCUUUUUUAGAUAAAAUAGACUUGGUUAAGCGCAACUGUUUUAAAAUGACCGCAAAAUUGAGCAAAUACGAAAAACGACUUUGUAUUUUGUUAUUCUUAUCCACCAUGACAAAUCCGCUCAGUACGCUGUCAACUUUAUUUUCCCACUACACACCGGACCAUCAUUGUAAAAUCCAGUACCCCCAAAACGAGUUCAGCAGUUCUAACAUUUCUGUGGUUUCGAGCUUGAAGAAUAAAUACCUUGAGGUUGCCAUACCAGACGAGGAACCAAACUUGUUUGGCCGAAGGGGCAUGAGCAGAUGCUAUGAGUAUAAUAUGACUACGGAGAAACAACAAUCUGUGUUAAAGAAAUUACGAAACGGUACUGUUGAAUACAUAAGCAACAGGUCGAUGUCGGAAAACAUCGUAACAUGUAAGCAUGGCAGCACUUUCAAUUUUAAAGACGGCGAAACAUCUGCCAUUUAUGAGUUUCAAAUGUUUUGUAAUGGCAAUUGGAAGAAAACGUUUGCGCUUACUCUGUUUAUGCUUGGGAAGAUGAUUGGUGGACUUAUUGGAGGCACAUUGUCAGAUAAAUUUGGAAGGAAAUUCGUUUUUCUUGCUUUCACGGCCGUGCAGUUUAGUACUUCAGUUGUUAUUGGAUUUGCAACGAAUUUCCAAGUUUACGCUGCGAUGAUUUUAUUGUGCGGCUGCGGUGGACUCGUAAACUACUACGCGGCAUUAACCCUUGGAAGUGAGGUGGUGAACAAAAGACGUCGAAAUUUAAUGUGUGCUUGCUUAUCGUUGGGCUACGCGGUGGGUUACAUGAUUACGCCUGCAUUUGGUUACUUUUUGAGGAAUUGGAGGUGGUACUGCCGAGUAACUGGUUUUAUUGGGAUAAUAUAUAUUCCCUACUAUUGGUUGCUUGAUGAAUCACCCGUUUGGCUCGAAAGUAAAGGCAAGUUGUCAGAAGCGGCAAAAAUACGCGCGAAAAUUGACCAAUACAACGGGAAGAAUUUAACGAAAAACAUAUGGGAAAACCUGACGUUAAAUCCUAAUCUCACCCCUGGGGAAGGAAUUAUAAAAUCAUGGCUACUUAUUUUUAAUAACUGCCGGAUGGUUAUACGAAUUUCGAUCGUUUGCUUUGGAUGGUGCAUGUCAAGCAUCACAUACUUCGCCAUUGCGUUGGACACUAACAGUCUAAGUGGAAAUCGGUUUCUAAACUGCUUUUAUGCGGGCUUGGUAGAAUUGGUUGCUUAUCUAAUUUCAUUUGGAGCCGUUGAAGUGUUUGGACCCAAAAACAUCUACAUUAUAUCGAUGUUAGCAGCAUCUGGUUCUGUAAUCGUUACUCCAUUUAUAAAACUAUGGAGUUCUAUGGCAAUGAGCGUGGUUACUAUGGCAGGAAAACUGUUCGUUGGUGUGGGGUUUUAUGUUGCUUGCAUCAUGACGACUGAACUUUUUCCGACUUCCAUCAGAAAUUCGGUCGUCGCAGUUGCUGCAGCCUCAUCAAAGCUUGGAGGAGUGCUUGCCCCUCUUUUCAUUUACAGUGCUAACGAAGGAGACAACUGGAUACCGUAUGUGGUGGUGGGUUUGUUCAUUGCAUUAUCGGCAUUACUCUUUCUGCUUUUGCCAAAAUCGCGCCACCAGAAUCUCCCACGUAAUGUUGAAGAAGCUGCGAACAUGAAAAGCAGUAAGCUGUUGUCAUGCUGUUGCACAAAUCACAAAAGCGAAAGUUUAUCAGAAGAAUGAAUAAUGUUCUUUGGAACGGCGUUAAAGAAGUGAGACAUUUAAAAAACAUGACACGGCCAGGUUCUAUAGCACUCAUGCUAUGAGUUUAAACUGUAUAUCUGUUACGACAUAAUUAUAAUUGGUAAAAAUUACGUAUGGUAGGGUGGGGAAAGAUGGGACUCC